GCUAACCAAAGCAACUAUCAACAUCAACAAUGGCGACAUCCAAACCAAAGAAAACGAAUACAGCCCAAUCAUCAUCUCAGGGAGUAAAAUUUGCUCGUAGGACAGCGAGUGGCCGGAUUGUGAACUUAUCCAGGGAUGAUGAUAUGGAUGUCACCGGCAAUCAAUCGGGCCAAAAUGAUUACAUCAAUUACACUGUGAUGAUGCCACCUACGCCUGAUAACCAACCCUCUACGGACUCUCAUGGUGGGGUUGGGUCGAAAGAAGAUAAAAGGAUGUCGGUAAUGAAGUCUGCAAAUAAUAAGUCAAUGUUGUUAAGGAGCCAAACAGGGGAUUUUGAUCAUAGUCGUUGGUUGUAUGAGUCCAAAGCCAAGUAUGGGAUUGGGAAUGCGUAUUGGCAAGAGGAUGAUCAAUUUGGAGUAGAUGGUGGUGUAUCAAUGUCGGAUUUUAUGGAUAAGCCAUGGAAGCCAUUGACGAGGAAGGUUCCGGUUAAGUCUGGCAUUCUUAGUCCUUACAGGUUCUUGAUAUUGAUACGUUUGGUGGUUCUUUUCUUUUUCCUUGCCUGGCGUUGGAGGAAUCCCAACCCGGAUGCAAUGUGGCUAUGGGGUAUGUCAUGUGUGUGCGAGUCAUGGUUUGCGUUUUCUUGGCUAUUAGACAGUCUUCCUAAGCUCAACCCUAUUAAUCGAGCCACUGACCUUGCUGUCCUCAAUGAAAAGUUCGAACAGGUUUCUCCGUCAAACCCGACUGGUCGGUCGGACUUGCCGGGUGUAGAUGUCUUUGUCUCUACGGCUGACCCUGAAAAGGAACCUCCCCUUGUCACUGCCAACACCAUUUUAUCCAUCAUGGCUGCUAAUUAUCCUGUGGAAAAACUCUCUGCCUAUAUUUCAGACGAUGGUGGUGCCAUUCUCACGUUUGAGGCCAUGGCUGAGGCAAUUCGUUUUGCCGAGGUGUGGGUGCCAUUUUGUCGAAAACAUGACAUUGAGCCUAGGAAUCCAGACAGCUAUUUCAACUUGAAAACCGAUCCAACCAAGAACAAGAAACGGCCUGAUUUUGUUAAGGACAGGCGUUGGAUCAAAAGGGAGUAUGAUGAGUUCAAGGUAAGGAUCAAUGGUCUCCCUGAGACGAUACGUAAAAGAUGUGAUAUGUACAACUCUAGGGAGGCAAUAAAGGAGAAAAGUCUUGCCAAAGAGAAGAACGGUGGGACACUGCCACCGGAUUUCCAAGUGGAGAAGGCCACUUGGAUGGCCGACGGCACCCACUGGCCUGGGACAUGGCUCAAUCCAAUUGCUGACCAUUCCAAGGGAGACCAUGCUGGAAUCUUGCAGGUGAUGAGUAAAUUCCCAGAACCUGAUCCAGUGAUGGGUCAGCCAGAUGAGAAAAGGUUAGACUUCACAGGGAUUGACAUAAGGAUACCAAUGUUCUCUUAUGUUUCAAGGGAGAAACGUCCAGGUUUUGACCAUAACAAGAAGGCUGGCGCCAUGAAUGGAAUGGUUAGAGCUUCAGCAAUAUUGUCCAAUGGACCUUUUAUACUCAAUUUGGAUUGUGACCAUUACAUCUAUAAUUCUAUGGCCAUCAAAGAAGGGAUGUGCUUCAUGAUGGACCGUGGCGGUGAUCGUAUUUGCUAUAUUCAGUUCCCACAACGGUUUGAAGGGAUUGACCCUUCAGAUCGAUACGCUAAUCAUAACACUGUCUUCUUUGAUGGAAGUAUGAGAGCACUUGAUGGACUUCAAGGGCCAGUGUAUGUAGGAACGGGGUGUAUGUUCCGACGUUACGCACUGUAUGGGUUCCACCCACCAAGGGCAAACGAGUAUACAGGUGUGUUUGGGCAGAAUAAGUCACCAGCUGAUACUAUUCCAGGAAAGCCAGCACUAUCAGGAGAAGAUGAUGCACAGCCCCUAAAUGUGCACCCUGACUUGGAUCUUCCAAGGAAAUUUGGUAAUUCAACCAUGUUCAAUGAAAGCAUAGCCGUGGCUGAGUACCAAGGACGUCCCCUUGCAGAUCACAUGUCGGUGAAGAACGGUCGACCUCCAGGUGCAUUACUGAUUCCACGCCAACCACUGGAUGCACAAAUGGUGGCUGAGGCAGUGGCUGUCAUUUCCUGUUGGUAUGAGGAUAACACGGAUUGGGGUGACAAAGUAGGUUGGAUUUACGGAUCCGUGACGGAGGAUGUGGUGACGGGAUAUAGGAUGCACAACCGUGGGUGGCGAUCGGUGUAUUGUGUGACCAAGCGUGAUGCAUUUAGAGGAACUGCACCAAUCAACUUGACGGACAGGCUUCACCAAGUGCUGAGAUGGGCCACUGGUUCAGUCGAAAUCUUUUACUCUAAAAACAACCCCUUGUUCGCAACUCGACGACUCAAGUUCCUACAACGCAUUGCCUAUCUCAACGUUGGAUUCUACCCAUUUACCUCCAUUUUCUUGGUGGUUUAUUGCUUCCUCCCAGCUCUUUCACUGUUUUCAGGACAGUUCAUUGUGCAAGGCCUCAACGUUGCCUUCCUUCUUUAUCUCUUUGUCAUCACUAUAACCCUUUGCUGUAUGUCCCUCCUAGAAGUGAAAUGGUCCGGGAUCGGCCUCGAGGAAUGGUGGCGAAAUGAACAAUUUUGGGUCAUUGGUGGCACAAGUGCUCACUUAGUGGCUGUCAUCCAAGGUCUCCUAAAAGUAGUAGCCGGAAUUGAGAUCUCAUUCACAUUGACCACCAAAUCGGCUAGCGAAGAUGAAAACGACAUAUAUGCGGAUCUUUACCUUGUGAAAUGGACCAGUCUGUUCAUAAUGCCAUUAACCAUCAUAAUCGUUACACUAUUGGCAGUGGUGAUAGGGAUAUCGAGACAAAUCUACAGUGUGAUACCACAGUGGACACAGCUGUUCGGAGGAAUGUUCUUUGCAUUUUGGGUAUUGUGUCAUAUGUACCCAUUCGCCAAAGGAUUGAUGGGAAGACGAGGAAGGGUACCCACCAUCAUCUAUGUUUGGGCUGGGCUUUUGGCAAUUUGCAUAUCUUUGCUUUGGGUCACACUCAAUCCACCUGGUGAUCAACCUGGUGAUGCAGUUGUAUUGUAAAAAUACCAUCAGAAACCAACCUUAUGCAUUUCUCACUUCUUCAUCCCCUUCCAAUUUUUUUAUUUUUUUUAUUAUAUUCAUUAUUUGUAUUUGUUAAUAAUGUAACAA